ACCUCGGCAGAUACACCUGUGAGCACUGAGAAGUCAGAGGGGCAAGAGGGGCACAGGGGUCCGAGCAUCGAGUUCCAGGAGGCCCCCACUGUCCUCAGGUCACUCGCUAACAGACGGCCAACGUGUGCUCGGGCGGAGAGGGAACCCGUGCUUCCAAGGCUGCUGAAGCCAUCGUAACCCCGCGCCGAGCCCUCCGGCUGGAGAAGUGCUUAUGGCCUGGCCGUCACCGUCCGGGGUUCACCAGGGCCCUCAGCGCCGGGCCGCCGGCCGCCCGCGCAGCCCCGGUCCGCCGAGCACAGAGCCCGCAGCCCCGGGGCGGCCCGCGGGCUCGCAGACCAAGCGGAGGCCGGCGGUGGGGGCGGGGUCAGAGCCGGCGGGGGCGGGGUCAGAGCCGCGGCGUUGGCCCCGCCCACUGGCGUCGGGUAUAAAGCUCCGCCCGUUCGCUGGCGACCCCCAGUCGUCGAAGGAGUGGAGGUGCCGUCGCCAUGUCGUUGUCCAAGUCGAACAUGGUUCUGGGAUACUGGGAUAUUCGCGGGCUCCGGACUAUGAUAAAAGCCAAUGGCUGGAUGUGAAAUUCAAGCUCGACCUGGACUUCCCUAACCUGCCCUACCUCAUGGAUGGUAAGAACAAGAUCACCCAGAGUAAUGCUAUCCUGCGCUACAUCGCUCGCAAGCACAAUAUGUGUGGUGAGACUGAAGAAGAAAGAAUUCGAGUGGACAUCAUGGAGAACCAAAUAAUGGAUUUCCGCAUACAGCUGGUACAACUGUGCUACAGUCCUGACCUUGAAAAACUGAAGCCUCGGUACUUGGAACAGCUACCUGGACAACUGAAACAGUUCUCCUUGUUCCUGGGGAAAUUCUCCUGGUUUGCAGGAGAAAAGCUCACCUUUGUGGAUUUCCUCACUUAUGAUGUCUUGGAUCAGAACCGUAUGUUUGAGCCCAAAUGCCUGGAUGAAUUUCCAAAUCUGAAGGCUUUCAUGUGCCGUUUUGAGGCUUUGGAGAAGAUAGCUAACUACAUGCAGUCUGACCGCUUCCUGAAGAUGCCCAUCAACAACAAGAUGGCCCUGUGGGGCAACAAGAGAAUAUGCUGAGCAGGAGGUGGACUUAAUCUGCUUGUUUUAUUCCAUCCUGUGCCUAGGGAGCCUGUACUCUCUCUUCUCUGCUCUUUUCAAUAAAUAGCAUUUAGGCUA